AUGGCGGACACUGCCUCGAAGCAUCGAGCUGAGUUUGCCUUUGCUCAGCUUGAGAACGAGAGAUCUCUGACAUCUCUUCGUGACGAGCUAUGGGUAGCUCGUGGGAUUGCUGAUCGGUCUCGGGAUGAGAUAGCUGCUCUUCAGACCCUUGUUGAUGCCCACCAUCGGGAGCACAAGGCUCUCUGCGAGAGCUUGAGCGCAAGGGCGUUCUUCAUCGGAAGAAGCAGCGUACUGAUGGCGGUGCAAUACACGAAAUGGGCCGAUGUACUGGAGCAGUAG